CACUAGUUAAAGUAUAUGGAAAUGUAGGGAAAUCUGUCAUUUCGGUCUGUAAAGAGGCCUAAAAGGGCUAACAGAUGCAUUUUAUGACCUGCAAAAGCUCAAGAAACCGUUCUGGUUUUCUGAUGUAUUCAGAUUUUUAUAGCCAGUGCAUUUGAAUCCGUUAAAAGGGAUGUAGAGAGCUAGGUAUGUCAAAGGGGUACUAUUUGUCAGUAGAGGGUAUAUAAAAGCGGUACCUUUUCUGUGAGUCAAAAAUGGUAUAUGAAAGGGUAAGGGGUUGGCCCUCCGGGUGGAGCCUCGCCGUAAAAAAAUUUGCUGAGUAUUUCAGAUAAUUUCUCUUUUGCAACCAGAGCCUGUGAUGCUCUCUUCAUGAGAAUGCAAACAUGAAGGCCAAAGAAGGAGUAUUGAAUAUAUGAAAAUCAUAUAUUGGAAAUGCCGGACGGAUUAAGCUUUCAGUAAGACAUGACCAGUUGUUGGCUUAUCAACUCAACUCGUACGUGGAGCACCGGUAUCGUAGAAUUCAAGGGUUAGAAUUUCGCGCAAGCCUGAAUUUUUUUCAGGCUCCCUUUUCACAACUACAACAGUUGCGUUUAUAACUCAGCGAUGAUGUUCCUUAAUUUUAAUGAAGCCUAUAGUCAAGUGUUGAUCCAGUGACCACACGUUAUAUUUUUUUCACCCUAAACAUGGCGGCUGCCACCACGAGGAUUUCAUCUAAUGCACUGAAAGUUCAGAUCCAUUUACAUCUUAAUAAUUUAUGCUUAUAUUACUUCACACUACUGCUUUCAGUGGCAUUUUAAACAAAUAUUAUCGAGUGCUGUGCAAUGUGGAAGCGUUGCAUCUGGGAGCAAAAAAGAACCGACGGUUGUAAAAUUAAAAAUUGUACCGGCAUGUUCCUUUUCUUUUGCGCGAGUGGUUUUUCUCUCGGCUUCUCGGUACUGUUGUUUUCUCCUCAGGAGUCAACGGUUCCACUUGAUACGAAAUCCAAUUUAAUCAGGGAUACAAUACUGAGGUAGAAUAUUCGCCUAAUAAAAUCCAAUAGCGCGAGCGUGCUUCAUGUUCCCAUUGUGCACGCUGAUGACUGAUAAACUAGACUCGAGCUCUUGUGAGCUUAGCAAUCCUCCUGAGUGCAACCAUAAAUCAAUAGUACACUCUGAAGCAUUUACUAUGUGUUUUAUAGCGUACAUUUUAUAGAAAACUUUUGAAUUUUUCAGCCGAUUGUAAGAAAAUGAGGUGAGUAUUGUUGUCAUCUGCGCAAGCUCUUCGGGGUGUGGCGUGUGUUAAUAAUUCUUGGCAAAGUUUUUUCCCGCCUUGAGCAACUAUUACCCUCUUUCGUGCUCUCUAAACUUCGCGCAUGCUUCAUAUCUCGACAUAAACACGUUGACUCAUGAACCAAAUGCUAAUUAAUCAUUCAUUUUUAUCUAUAGAACGCAGACAUGGCAGGAGCAGCAAUAUCUGUAACGGAACAACGCGAAAAAAUGAUGGACUUUAGCGUUCCGUUCAUGUACUACACACAGGAUUUGAUCAUGAAGAAGCCUUCGUCUGGAAACAAAGCAGUAGACUUGUUACAAUUCAUGACCCCAUUUGAAAAUCUGGUUUGGUUUUGUACUCUAGCCACCUUAGUGAUCACCUCUAUUGCAGUAUUUGUAUUAAACUAUUACAGUCCCUAUGGAUAUAAAAACGAAAAUGGUGAAGGCACUUCGGACGAAUUCAGCUUUUUCAACAGUGUGUGGUUUGCAUUAGCUUGUAUGCUGCAGCAAGGUGGUGAUAACACACCAAGAAGUUUGUCAGGUAGAAAAAAAAAUGCGUCCACUUCUCAACGUUUGAAUCCCUUUUUAGAGACAAAUAUUGCUGGUUUUCAGUGUCACUCCAUUCAAAAUGGAUUAAAAUCAAAUCAAAACCGUUCAAUAGAUAAAGUCCAGAAUCUGGGGAAUGAAAGGAGGUACAUAUACAAAGACCCUCGCCAAGAUUCAGGUCAGAGGAAUAUCUCGUCUGCGACAUAUCCGAGGAAAUGUUUUACCCAAACUUAAAGAGAUUUGUAUUGAGACGCCAUGCUGGUGCUCACCUGGAUGAGCUCCAACAUGGCGGACGGAAACCAACAGAAACAUCUGUUACCGAGUUAAAAUAAUACUUUAAAAUAAUUUUUUAAAAAAACAUUAAAAUAAUACUUUUUCUAAUACAUGAACUGUUUACAUAGCAAAAUUUUUCUUGAAAUAAGUCAUUUUUUUAACCAACAUGACAACUGUGAAAGGUUUGAACCCAGGAGUCAUUUCAAAAUGUUGAGUUUGAUCGUCCGGGUGAACGUAGUCCUGAAUAGGACUGUUGUUGUUGACAGUGACUGACGUUUCGACAACCUGUGCGGUAGUCAUCUUCAGAGUCAAAGUGAGUUGUAUCACGUCAGAUGAUGACAACGUCGUUGCUUAAGCCUGUUAAGCUCCCUACUAUCAGUCCUAAGACGGGGCUACCUUACUCAGAUUUCUUGGAAUUUCAGCGUACAAAUUUCAUGUCAAUCUUUCUGCAGGUCGUAUUCUUACCGGAUGUUACUGGUUUUGCAUUGUUGUCUGGGUCUCAACAUAUACCGCUAACCUAGCGGCUUUUCUUACCGUCAAAAAUGCAGCCCACCCGAUUAAAAGCGUGGACGACAUUGCGCAAACUUCCCAUCAAGUUGGUGUAGUUGCAUCUACCAGUAUACAAGAGUCGUUCGCGACCACCCAAUAUGAACCUCACGUAAAGAUUUGGCAGCGAAUGAAGGCAGAGCAAACAUUCGUCCGGAACACUUCUGAUGGAAUCCUAAAAGUGAGAGAAAGACCAAGCUUUGUGUUUAUAAAUGAUGGCCCUAUUCUUGAGUAUAUUGUCAACCACCGUCCAUGCGACCUAAUGACAGGUAUGUAAGGUCCCGUUGGAUGAAGAUGGCUUGCAUGACAAGACAAGCCUUACCCACUGGUUAUUAACCGGGACAAAAUUUGACAGUGACAGUGAUAGUGAUUUUUUUCCCGGAACACUUUCUGAAAGCUUUUAUUAUUACUUACUCAAUAACCAGAAAUAGUGCCGUCCUCGAGGAAUUCUCUUAUUAGUUCUUAUUCAAUUUCAAUUUCAAUCUCAUGGUCACUCAAGUGGGUGGGGUGGGGGUUGGCGCUUAUUUGAGUUUGAUUGGGAGGAGGAGGGGGUGUGGUUUGGGGGUGGGGGGUAAGCACUUCUUGGGAAAGCUCCAGCAUAUGGGUAUCAGAAGCCGAAAAAAAAACCUCCGUUAACCGGGUUAAUCCUCUCUCAAGAAAGACACGGUGAAAUUUUACAAAGUAAGUAAAGGUGGGGCAAGAUCAUCGUCAACCAAUACAGCCAGUCUACCCGGGCAAACAGCAAAUCAGGGAUUUUUUGUGCUUCAUUUGAAGAGCGGUAUCUCCAGAACGCUUUCCAAAGCUCAUACCUGCCGGCCCGACCAAGGCCUUACCAAACCUUUUUGAAAAUGAAAUACGUUUUGAACAAGAGUUUUUGAUGAAAAACCACCUCUUUCGUGCAUACUAGCGAUUCAGGUUUUGACUUAUCUGGCUGGAUAGUUUUGAUUUAAGGGUGAAAUUCUCAUUACGACGGGAAUGGUCUAGCCGGUCGACAGUAAUGUAAAGCGCCCUUAGUUAUACGCUCAAAGAGUCGUUAUUGCUUAAUCUGAAUCCUAUGGUUGAGAGAAUUUCGAGAAAAAUAUGACAAAUAAGCUUCAUUUUCCAUCCAGUUCCAGGUCUCAGUAGAGCCAAGGGACUGGCGCUCGGUUUUGAAGCUUAUGAUCCACAUACUAUGGAUUUUUCUCUGGCCAUUUUGCGUCUUCAUGAAAAUGACUUCCUUGAUAAUUUGAAGCGAAAGUGGUGGGACAAAGCCAAUCAAUGUUCCAAAGAACAGGAAACAAGUGAGUUAAACAAGAAAUUGUACAAAUUUGUUUAUCCACGAAACCCUUAAGAGCCAUUAAACCUCUAAUCAAUCAAACGUAGCAGUUUGUAAUCAUUUUAAGAUGGCAAAUUGCCUACAAGUGCAGCUGUCUCUCCUCCUUUCUCGCCCCGCUAUGGAUGUUUUGAGCAAGAGAUGUCCAUAGCGCGGCAAGAAGCUAGGAGAGAUGGUUGUACAUUAGCAGGCUAGGUUUUCAAUUGACUCUAUAACUCAGUUGGCAAUCAUCAUAUAUAUAAGUGUUUCUUUUUCUUGCAUUGACAAAGUCAAUCCAUGUAACCUAAAGAAAUUUCUAACUCAUGGUCAGAGCGAUUAAAUCUAGAGUUUCACAGCUUUUAUUUCGUUCGAAUCUCUCGAACUUCAUCAUCAAUUACAUCAAAUGGCAAGACUAGUUUGCAGGAAACCCACCUACACCACAGAGUAAUAUAUACAUUUUGCUCACUUCAAGUCACACCACCUCGAAAACCAAAGAUCUGCUGUCCAAACGUUACUACUUUCCCUUAGAGGUUUACAAAUCAAGCUCAAGUUUUCCAAAUUGUUUGAGCCGGCAAAAUGUACAAGUUGAUAAUUUCCAUAAUAAAAAGUUCUCGUAGCCACAUAAUGAUAACUGCAACUUCCAGAAAGUAAUUAAAAGUGGUGCCAUAUUGCCAAAUAGAUUUUUGUGCUAAAAAUAGCCUUAAUAGGUCACGUGACAGUUAGUGACUCCAAUUAUCAUUCAAAGUUGUUAAGUCUGUUCUUAAGUUAUUUUGUACUAUAUUGAAAGCUUAAGAAUUAAGAUCACCCCCUGUUUUUGAGGAAUUAAAUAGAAGACCCACACCGUAAUUUUUAGGAAGAUAUUAUAACUCCAAAAAUGGAGUAAAAAUAUUAGGUACAGGAUAACCCCUUCUUGGGGGUUACUUUAACUCCUAAUUUAACUCCGAAUUUGGGGUCAUUUUUACUCCUGAAAAAGAGUUCUUUUUACUCCCAGUCUGGAGUUGAAAUAACUCCGAAAUGGGGUUACUUUUACUCCUUACAUGGGUUGUUUUUACUCUUUUUGGAGUUAAUUUAACUCUGAAAGUGGAGUAAAAAUUUUAGGUACCAGAUAACUCCUUUUUUGGGGGUUAUUUUAACUCUUCAAUAUCUGGGGUCACUUAUACUCCUGAAAAAGAGUUCUUUAAACUCCUUUUUGGAGUUAAAAUAACUCCCCAAAAAAUGACUCCACUGUAAGGCGUUAAAUUAGCCCCACUAGAGUAGUUAUUAUAACUCCUUGAAAAUUACUGUGAUGCCUUAAUUUUCUUGAAUGUUCGGUCAAGAUGGAAGGAUAUUGGCCUCGUUCUUUCUCGCGUUUUUACUCACCUCGAAUUUCUCUCGGUCCAAAAUAAAAAGGGUUUGGCCAAUGUCCAACCAUCUUGACUUCACUUUUGGUCAAAAACCCUUAUUUCUUUUUUUUCCAUCCUCUCCCUCCCUUCCUUUCUUUUUUUCCUUUUGGCAGCGCUGUCUCAAAAGCGGAUCGAUUUACCCAGUAUGUUGGGAGUGUACGUCGUCAUGGGCUGUGGGAUAACUGCAGCAUUUAUAACGUUGAUUGCAGAGAUCUUCUGGAAAAAAAUGAUGAAGAAACGAGAGAGUAAACCCUCAUGUUUGAAAAGGUACAAGGUUAUCGUUAUUAAAGUCCGGCCAACCGGGAAAUCUUCUUUUCUUAUUUAUUCAUUUUUUUUAUUUUAUUUUUUUUUUUUUUAGUGUUUCACUUUUUUCAAUUUUUUAGUUAUUUGUUUAGUUAAAUAUAGCUUUUAAAGUGACUUGCAUUUUUAUGAUAUCUUUUAAUUGUCUUAUUUUCAUCUUAUCGCCUGUAAUGCUCAUACGAAAAUAUUUCUAUUGAAUAUUAUCAGGAUAAGUUUCAUAUUUAUUAUUAUUUAUUAUUCUUCAUAGGUCAGUCGGCUCAAGCCCUACCAUAAUUUCUACAAGCAAUUGA